AUGAUGAAGGCUCCGCUGACUUUUCGUCGAGCUCAAAAGCUUACGCAGGAGCUUCAAUGUGUGUUGGAGGAAGAUCCUCCUAAAAGUACCACAACCAGUAUCCAUACCAAGCUCAGUUCUAAUGUCCUCGAACCUGCAUUCGAAUGGGACCGCAAUCGGCGAUCAGCAGCUCCAUCGCCAGAGCUGUUACCAGGGCACGAAUCCCAAGAGUUGAGCGGCUCCAUGCUUGGGGAGGCUAACCCUGGAAGGUUGGACAUUCUAGUGCCAUCGGUUGGCAAGCAAGCAGACUGCCGUUGCUGCAACGCAGGAUCCUUGACCAACAGGGUGGCCUUGUUGGCAGUGAGGGAGGAUAUUUGA